AUGUCUUCCUACAGAAAGGUGAAAGCUAAAAUCAAGGAGUCAAUGAAAACGGGUAGUGGCACAGAUAAUAUUUAUAAACCGGAAUGGCCAUUCUACGACAUAAUGGCAAAAUUUUUGGAUGUCGUAUAUAAACCAAGAAAUAGAAAAACUACGAUAACUAUAUCAGAUGAGAGUGAAGAUGAUAGUAAGGACGAAUGUAAUGAAUCAAACCAAAAUUUAGAAAGUAGUGAAGAACAGGACAUUGCUUUCAAAACUCCAAAAAUUAUCCCAAAGAAAAAAUGUAAACUAAAUGAGACUCAAAAUCGUAUGGAUGAAGCAUACAAUUAUUUUAAACAAUUAAGCCAAAUACCGCGAAAAGAUGUAUUUUCUUUGUAUUGCGAUUUAUUAGCAGAAAAACUGAGAGGUCUACAGGAACACACACGGGAAUUAGCCAUGUUGGAAAUAGAUAAAAUGGAGUUCAAUCUGAAACGACAAGAAAACGAAUAA